GACGCAUUCUUACUUGCGCCUCGCAACGGUGCGUGUUUCGAACCACUAAAAUGCUCGUACUAUGCACGCGAACGUACCUUUAUUUUAUUUUUUUUAAUUCUUUUCCAUCUAGUGCAAAAUUGUAAUUGUACUAAUGUAAAAUUCUUAUAUUAAUAAACUGUGUUGUGUACGAAGAACAUUGUAUUGAGUAAUGUUGCCUGAAAAAAUUCGACUGUGUGUGAAGUUUAUUAGAACGACAUACACUAUAAAGUGUAAGAAAUCGUAAAUGGAACUAAUUAAGGAGGUUAUGUAGCCUUUCUUCAAGCCAUAGUAUUUCGGAAACGUUCAUGAGAAUAAAUUUGUUUAGUUUGUUAGCGAUCAGCUUUAAUUUUAUUGAAUUCAGAGUUCGAGGGUCUGACGCAUGCAUUUGGGUUUCCUACAGUUCACUGAGAAGUCAGAUAAUAAGGUGGACAACGUCACACUGCAAGUUGUUUGCGUCUUCCCAACAUCUAUUCAUCGAUCACUUGAUCUCAAAACAACCACCGGCAAGCUAAUUGAGGUUAAACCAACAAAAAUCCGAUUCCCAUUUGAAUUAAAGAAGCAGAUACCGUGCUCUAUCUUUAUAUCCAACAAAACUGAUGACCACAUUGCCCUUAAGUUGACGUCCACGAAUUGGGUGGACUACAGAAUUCGACCUUCCAUGGCAAUCCUCUUACCACGAUCCACACGCGAAGUCAUUGUUCUAAUGGAAGAUCAAAGGAAAGCACCACGUAACAUGAGAUGCGAUUUCUCUUUGACUGUUAAUGCCGUCGUCACCUUUGCAGGAGCCACUGUGAAGGACGUUGCUCAUAACAUGUUUUUCAGAGAGUCGGGUAAUACAGUAGACAAGGUGGAGCUGAAAGCUAUUUAUGUAUCACCGCCUAAGCUUCCAUCGCCGGUUCCUGAGAGAUGCGACAAGAGAUCUUUGUAUUGGGCUUCUGCUACAGCAACUUUACAAAAAUUUUACAAUGGCUUAGCGAGGAGGAGAAUGUGGAAAUCCUGCACAAAAAUAAACUUUGAUAGUAACUUGAUCAGAGAGCCGUUGCUGGUUUCUUCUUCUAAUCAAACUGGAGGAUAAAUGUGUCAUACAAUUCAAAUACAUAUAUAUAAUGCGGAAGUUCCUAAUUAUUUAUAUCGCAUUGCACGAGGUAAUUAUGUUUCCAAACCACAUAUGAAACAUGAAUGCGAUAUGUGGUUAAUUUUUUAAAAGAACAGGGUUUUGGUUCAUGUUCUUUUGCUUUUUUUUUUAACAAACUCAGAUCGUAAUCCCAAAAGAUCGACAGCCGCUCUGGUAUUAUGUUGAUCAGCAUUUUUAUUUUUGAUUGAAUAUGAAUUAAUAACA